AUGACAGUCGCUCAAGUUCCCACCCCACCUUUCCCAUUCAGGAUCGGUGUAGACGUAGGGGGCACAAACACAGACGCGGUCAUCAUAGACACGUCUAUCAAAGACGCCACAAAGUCCAUCAUUGCUACACAGAAGUCACCGACCACGCAACCCAACGUGACCGAUGGCAUUGAAGCAGCUGUCCAAAGCGUACUCAAACAGUCCAAGGUUGACCACCAUCGCAUCGCUUCUCUAUCAAUCGGGACUACUCACUUCAUCAACGCCAUUGUCGAACAAGAUGAGCGGCACUUGGACAAGGUGGCCAUCAUUCGGCUCUCGAAAAGCUUUACGCGAGAAGUCCCACCCUUUUCGGACUUUCCUACUAGGCUCAAGAACAUCAUGCUUGGGUAUUGCACCCAGGUCGAUGGCGGUCUGCAGAUUGAUGGGAGUCUAGAAGCACCUGUUGUUGAGAGCCAAGUCGUUGAGGAGUGCAACCGUAUCCGGGAGCUUCAGAUCAAAGCUGUAGUGGUUUCUGGGGUCUUCUCGCCCUUGGAUCACCACUUCUACCAAGAACAAACGGUGCGGAAAAUCAUCAACCGGGAGCUGCCUGGUGUUUCCGUUGUUUGUUCAUCAGAAAUCUCCAAUAUUGGAUUUUUGGAACGAGAGAAUGCAUCUAUUCUUAACGCAUCUGUUCAUCGUUUUGCGAAGAGGACCAUCCGCGAGUUCAAGACGGCUAUGAAGAGACUGGGGCUGCAGUGCAAUCUGUACCUCACCCAAAACGAUGGCACCCUUCUCGACGCAGAUCUGGCCGCUCGUCUACCAAUCCGGACAUUCUCAUCUGGCCCUACCAAUUCCAUGAGGGGUGCAGCGUAUCUUUGCGGCCUCUAUGAAGACGGCACGGCCAACCCACCCACCAGCAUAGUCUGCGAUGUUGGCGGCACAACCUCGGACGUUGGAGUCCUCUUGCCUUCUGGAUAUCCUCGACAGGCUCUCGCCGACGUCACUAUCGCUGGCGUCAAAGUCAACUACGGCAUGCCGCAAGUCGAGUCUCUUGCCAUCGGUGGUGGCUCAAUCAUUCGCAACAACGGCGGCAGAGUGACCGUCGGAAGAGACUCUGUGAGCUAUGCAAUCAAGGAGCGAGCCCUCGCCUUUGGAGGAGACACAAUGACAGCAACCGACAUCGCAGUCGCGGUGGGCGUCGAAUCCCAGGUUGGUGAUGCGACUUUGGUCAGAGGUAUUGACCCAAGUGUUAUUUCAAAGACCCGGGGAUUCAUCAAAAAGGAGUAUGAAAGGGUUUGCGACCUUGUCAAAACAGCCCCUGAACCCCUUCCUUUGAUAUUGGUGGGUGGCGGCUCGCUCAUUUGCCCCCCUCAACUCGAUGGCAUCUCUGCGAUUAUGAAGCCACCUCAUCACGAUGUAGCCAAUGCCGUGGGUGCCGCCAUGGCUCGCAUCAGUGCAACAGUCGAUAUUGUUCAAAGUACAGGCAGUCAAACCGUCACCGAAGCCAUGAACAAAGCUACUGAUCUCGCCAUCGAACGAGUCAUCCGCAUCGGGGCUCCAGCAGAGUCUGUUGUUAUCACAGAGCAGGAAUCACUGCCACUACAGUAUAUCGAUAACCGAGUCCGGACAGUGGUCAAAGCGGUCGGAGACUUUUCUCCCUCAACUGUCUCUGUGGAGAAGCAGAUAAAUGGCCAAGAGUAUGAACCUGUGGCGAAUGGCCAUGUAUUGGAGAAGCCGUCACAGUCAACCGAGGGCCCUGCAGAAGAGGCUAUCGACAUCAACGAGUACAAGCCCAAGAUUGUUGUCGACCAAGCGACAGGGGUCAAGGCGUGGAUUGUUUCACCCACUGAUCUGGAGUGGAUGGCAGAGGGGUGUUACGUCCUGGGCUGUGGAGGAGGCGGUUCUCCUUAUCCCGAGAUGUUGAAACUCCGCCAGCACAUCCGAGAUGGCGAGGAGUUGAAGAUCAUAGACAUGCAGUCGCUGAAGCCGGGCGCCCGAGUAUACUGGGCGGGAAACAUGGGGUCACCGGCGGUGCCAGCGGAGCGACUCAGCGCGAGUGAGUCCAUCCUCGCAAUGGAGACCAUGCUCGAGUACAACAAGCAUGACACAUUUGACGCCAUGAUUGGCAUCGAGAUUGGCGGAUCGAACGGCCUCCAGCCCCUGACCAUUGGCUCUACGCGCAACUUUGGGCGCCCUGUUGUCGAUGCAGAUUGGAUGGGUAGGGCAUAUCCGAAUCUGUGGCAAGUGACGGUAGCUGUGCAUGAGAGGGAGCAAAUUCUCCCCUGCGCUAUCGCAUCUGGAGACGGCAGGGCUUUGGUCAUGACCAAAUCGCCUCACGACACAUUAAUUGACCAGACCCUAAGGGCGCCUUCCAUCGAGAUGGGCUACUACGUUGGCUUCUGUGCCAAGCCGUCAACCACAGAGAUGGUGCACAAGUGGGCCAUCAAGAACACGCUCUCGCAGGCGUGGCGCAUCGGGAGAUGCAUCGCACGCGCGAGCAAGAACAGCACUGCGGGCACCGUCUCUGAACAGAUCAUUGAGGAGAUGGGCGGCCCUCAAUCAGCCAAGAUCUUGUUUCGUGGAAAGAUCGUUGGUGUGGAGAGGCGGCUGUUCAAGGGCCACUCGCACGGCGAGGUUGUCAUCAAGCAUAUGGCUGUUGACAAGUCUUCACCACAAGACAACUCCGCAAUGGCAGCCUCGAUUCCGGUUGCAGUUGGAGGCGAGUUGAAGAUCCCUUUCAUGAACGAGAACCUCCUGGCGCGGCAUGUCGGUGACGACGGCCAUGAGAACGUGGUUGCUUCAGUCCCAGACCUCAUUACCGUCCUCAAUGCCGCAAGUGGAAAGGCCCUGGGCAUAGGAGAGUAUCGAUACGGUGUAAUUGUUGUAGUUCUAGGCAUGGCAUGUUCCCCAGUGUGGAAUCAAAGCAAGGCGGGCUUGGAGGCUGGUGGCCCUGCCGCUUUUGGAUACGACAGGGUUGAAUAUCGACCUCUUGGGGACUACAAAGAGCCGCGAAGUGUAAUUGAUGAGUUCUCAUAG